AUGCCUCAGAAUUUAGAUGGCUCCCAACAAGAACCACGUGGUGCUGCAACGGUUACCCUAGAGGAAGUUCCUUCUGUGCUACAGCUCCAUACAUCAGAACCAAGCAUAAAUAGAAGGAUAGAAAGAACAUCACAUCAAUCUACAAGGCCUUCCGUAAGAUGGGAAGAGGGAACAGUCGACAACGAAAACUUAAAUAGGAAGAAAACAAAGAUAUGCUGCAUAUUCCAUCCCCAGGAAGAGAUAGAUGAGGAUGGAGAGGGGCGAUACUCAGAUCAUGAGCAUCCACCGCCAUCACCGUCUUCGUCAUCUUCAUCAUCCUCAUCUUCGUCCGAAUCCGAUAAUGACAAUCGAUUGAACCCCGAAGAUAGAAGGCAGAGAAGGAUAGAGAGACGUCGCAGAAAAUUGAAUAAAGAAAGAUCUGUUAGUCCAAAUGCGUAUGAAGUACAACCUGACUAUUCUCAGCAUAGACAAAAAUAA